UAGAAGUGGAAGCUCUGAAAAAAAAAAAUAAAACCUCAAUCAUCUUUCAUCUUGAUCUUAUUUUUCUAGUGGAUAAAAUAAAUCGCUCUCAAAGGAUUUAUUCUUUAUCCAAACAUAUUUGUUAAAAGAUGGAAAGGAUUGUAAACUACAGUAGCGAGGACGAAUGCGAAGACUCGCCCAAAAGAAAUGUGUUGCCAAUUCUUUAGGCUGAACGCUGUCCGGUGCUUGAAAUCGACCCGAACAAGCGGAUUAAAGGAGAUUCUUCUAGCCGUCAUGUCAAAGAAGAGUCACAUCAAUCACAAAGAUGAUAAAUAGAGAAGUUAGUUUGUGUGCAAAUGCAAUUGCGCCAGACAAUAAUUAAACUCCUAUGUGUACUGAACCUGUAUCAAAAUCAUAAUGUGUCCUCAGAACAGCAAUCGGGACAGAAGCCAGGGUUCCUCGUCUCACCGAGACAGCAAGGACACAUCUUUAAAAAAGAGUUCUCACAAAGAAGAAAACAGGAGCUCCCGGCACUCAUCGAAUAGAGACCACCAUCGAGAAGACAGACGCUCUGAAAGAUCACACGAAAAGAAACGAGAUUCGAAGGACGAUCGCAGACGCAAGGACAGCCAUCGAGAACGUGAUCGAGACUAUGAACACCGUGAAACCGACAGGGAUCGUCGUGAUCGUUCCGACAAACAUCGUCGUGAAAAAUAUUCCAAAGAUAGUUCACAUCGCGAGAAAGGUAGACGAAGAAGAUCAUCAGAAUCUCCUACGUUGGGUAGCAAAGACCACAAUACAUCAAUCAGCCGCAGUCGAAAUCGUUCAAGGUCCCGUUCUCCAUCUAAAGAGCAAAGAACAAUUCCAUCAAUACCUCAAACUGGUGGAAGACAACAGAAAGAUGAACCAAUGGCUUCAACUUCAGUAUCUCAGUCCCAAAAUAAGAGCGCAAUUAAUUUGCAAGCGAUCCUAAGCCCACCGCUUAGUGAUACCGCUCCGAAAACAUCGGUUGUCAUAAGCAAAACAGACGGCACACCCAUUGCACUCCCAACGUAUUACAACCCCAAUAUCAUUAACCCCACAAAAUAUGCAGAACAAGUGCAAAAGAGAAAGCUCAUUUGGGGGGCGAAGAAGGCCGAGGACACCUCAGCUAAAUGGGGACAUGCCACAUUCUCAGAGGACUCUGAUGGCAAAGUUGCAUCGAAGUUUAUGCGUUUAAUGGGCAUCAAAUCUGCACCCAAACCCGGCGAUAGUCCAGCAGAUGUCCCAGCGCAAGAGAAAAAGGGCCCUGACGUUAAAUCUAGGCAAGCAAUGUUCUCCAACAUGGAACAACAGUAUGAAGUCGCCCGGCAGGUCACACACACCAUGCGAGGAGUCGGUCUGGGCUUUGGUUCCCAAUCGCGACAGUAUUAGCCAAUAAGUUGUUAUAAAAAUUAUGUAUAAUGAAAAAUUAACCAAAAAGUGUUAAUAAAAAAAUGAAUAUUUUUUUUUUGUGAUCUUUAACUCACGAAUACAAA